AUGGGGAGUCCUAAACCUGGGAUGCAGCUUGGCUAUGGAGGAAUGGCUGGAGGAAUGGGUGGAGGGGGAGGUCAGAGACUGGCCAACCAAGAGAGCCACAGGCCGAUGCAGCAGUCUAGCUCAGGCUCCGACCAUGGCUCUGGCCCAGGCCACGGCCCAGGGCAGGGUCAGGGCCAUGGGCCAGGUAUGGGUGCUGGGAUGGGUGGCGGUCAGGGUCAGCAUGGCCAGAGUCCCGGUCAGCCCGGUCAGCACGCCUCCAGACAGAACCUCCAGGUGGACUUCAGCAGCUCGGGAGGCCGGACGGGUCGAUCCUCCUCGGCAUCUCCGGACCGGGGGAUCACCCCCACCUCGCCCUACUCGGUGCCUCAGAUCGCCCCCAUGCCCGUCAGCAAGCUGUGCCCCCUCUGCUCCACAGCAGAGCUGACCAACCCGCCGGCCCUGCCAAACUACAACACCUGCACGCAGUGCCGCUCCACCGUCUGCAACCAGUGUGGCUUCAACCCCAACCCCCAUCUCACAGAAGUAAGCAACAACCACUGCCUGUUAACAUGCUGACUCUAUUACAGCUAGAUCUAGGAUCAGUUAUCUAUACCUUAAUACUUUGGGAAUGAAACCAGUCUACUAAACAAAACUGGCUCCAGAUCAGCUCUUAAAUCACAAAAUUAGGCACAUCCUCACAUAUCUAGACGCCUGUCUCUCUCAUGCAGGCAUGCACAGUCAUUUUGACUACUCCAAUCUAUGAGUCCCAGACAUAGUAAAGGCCCUUCCUUAAUGAGUGUGAAGGUCCCUUCCUCCGUCAGCGACCUCUGACCUCUCUCUCUCAGAGGGAGCCCGGCAGAGCCUGCUGUCAGUAGUGUGUCCCGCCCGGCCGUCUUAGCGUCUCCGUCGGUCUCGCGCCCUGGCUCGUCAGCCUCUGUUUUGACAGCAGCCAUUGACAGCAGCCAUUGUCUCUCUGUCCUUCCCCUGAACGUGUGGGCGGGCGGGUGGCACCAGGCAGGUGCGUUUCAGAGAGAGGAAGUGAGGGAGGAGGCGCCGUGGUGUAUUGUUUGCCCCAAGGAUGCGGAUGAAGUGGUGUUCUCUCCGGAGCGGUGAGAGCCUCCGAGACACGGAGCCAAUGCCACUGUAGUGUUGGGAUGAGUUCUGGUCCCAACUGCGAUCAUGUCUUAUUGUGGGGACAUUUGGGUGCAUUAUAUUCUGAGAGCAGAACCGGGGAGAAAGAGAAUGUGGGGAAAUGAUGAAGAGAGAGUGGGAACUGGAGUGUUAGAGAAACUGUGUGUGUGUGUGUGUGUGGUGUGUGUGUGUGUGAGCUUGGUAAAUGCCAGUAAUUCCUCUCGAGGCGAUGACAGAAUCUCCAUUAGUCUACUGAGGCAGGGUGUAGGGGUGUAGAGGAUGAAUAAGAGGAGGAGGGACUUAAGAGAGAGAAUGGAGAGGAAAAGGAGGAGGAGGAGGUAGAGGAAGGAGUGAGGAGGGAAAAGAGAAGUAGAGCAGGAUUUAAAACUAGGGGGAUUAGGAAGAGAGGGAGGAGGGAGGGAGGAGGAGGGAGGAGAGGGGAGAGGAGAGGAGAGGGAGGAGGAGAGGGAGGAGAGGGAGGAGGAGAGGGAGGAGGAGAGGAAGAGAGGGAGGAGGAGAAGGAGGAGAGGGAGGAGGGAGGGAGGAGAGGGAGGAGAGGGAGGAGAGGGAGGAGGAGAGGGAAGAGAGGGAGGAGGAGAGGGAGGAGAGGGAGGAGGAAGAGGGAGGAGGAGAGGGAGGAGAGGGAAGGAGGAGAGGGAGGAGAGGGAGGAGGAGAGGGAGGAGAGGGAGGAGAGGGAGGAGGAGAGGGAGGUGUACGGGGAAGAGAGGGAGGAGAGGGAGGAGGAAAAAACUAGAUGUAGAGUCUUACAUUGAGAAAAUAGUAGUCAAUCCCUGUAACCUUUAAUCAACCCUUCUCCCAGUGUUCACACUGUAUGGAUAUAGGAGACACAUCUAACAUUCAUACAUCUACUUAUAACAGCUAUUAAAACCACUAAGUAAGUCAGUGGGGGUAGAGAAUUUUCAUUUGGCGUGGUGGCCUGAGGUAAAGAUAGAGGGGAGCAAUACGAGGGUGGCUGCCUCCCAAAUUACACUAUUAUAUAGUAGUCUCCCCUGUAACUAUUCCCCAGGUCGUUGCUGUAAAUGCAAAUGUGUUCUCAGUCAGCUUACCUGAUUAAAUAAGGGUAAAAUAAAUAAAUAAAAUACCAGAACCCAUACACUCUAUUAGUGCACUUUAUAGGGAAUAGGGUGCCAUUUGGGACACAACCAGUCUUCUUGAACCAGUCAAAUUGCAGGAAAUGAAAGACUCUUACCAGAGCUUCCCCCUCACCAAUCAUGUGAGUAUUAACACUGCCACACUGUGUGUCUGUGUGUGUAGACAUCACCAUACGCCACCAUAUUGUGGAUGCCAUUUACCGCCGUCUGACUCACUCUAUGGUCUUGGCAUGGCUGGCAGUGAACUGUUCUAAUCCCGCUCUCCGUCUCUCACCUCUCAAAUGUUCACCCAUUACCUUCUCUUCUCUCUGGGUCUGUUCACUUCAAGACAUUGUAAGCAACAUCAGGCAAAUUAUCGAUGGACAUGCGUCAUCUCCAUUUGAAAUGAAAACGAUACCCACAUUGGGUACUGUUACUUUCAAUAAUUAAGCGGCACAAUAAUUUGAUUAUUUUACAAUUAUCGCAAUUCUAAUGGCACACAAAACUCCUGUGCAGGAUUCCAUUUCGUGAAUUGUGUGUGUGCCAGUGUGUGCCAGCCUGCAUACCCUAUCACCAGGCUCCAGUGUGGUGGUUGCUGAUAGGCUGCACUAGACCCCAGGCAGAACAGACCCAAACCCUACAGCAGGGAUGGGCAACCAACUUUGAUGGGGGUGGGGGCCACCAAAAAUCUGAACUCAUCACAUGGGCCACAGUGGCUCGUGGGUCUGCGUACCCACACAUGCAGUCAGAGCCCUAGCAUUUUGGGGGCCCUAAGUAACAUUUUGUUGCAAUUCUACACAAUUUUGCCAUGGGGCAGAGAGAAAUGUUUGCAGUUUUUAAUAUGAUAUCUGAGUGAGAGUGACUAGAGUCAUUCAUGUCUGUGUAGAUUAGUAAAGUAAUAAAACUACUACUCUAUCGCUGUGCUCCGCUUGUGUGGCUUUGUGUAGUUCAUGUCAUUCAUUCAGUCUUUGUAAUGAAAUUUGGCUUUUAAUAAAUUGAAGAAAUCACUGGGGCUUUUCUGCGACUAGGCAACAUAUGUUCCCGUCUUCCUUCCUCUCCUCCACCAGAUCUCUCCAUCUAACCACUGGCUUGUUCAUUAACAGAUCAAAUCAAUGGGACUUCUCAGCCUAAUCUAAUAUACACUCAACCUGAUUGGGUUCUUAUUUCAUUUGGAUCCACUAACAUUUGUACAACUUAACAUGCUGUUGACAUAGCUUAUAGAGUUUAUGAGGCCAAAUAUGCUUGUUAGGCAGAGAUUAUGCUAGAUCCACUACACAGUGUUUGACUUAGUGUAAUGUACAGUAACACAUGUUCAUGUGCACUAUUGCCCCCCCCCCUAGUUCAAAUGAGCUUGGGUGCCAGUCUGUUUCUGCUCGUUGGAAUUGUCAUGCCAUUUGGUGUGACAAUGAGUGACUAGGAGUUGGCAAAAGAGCACAAACAGAUCUGGGACUAGGCUAAUUCCAAAUCACAUUGAACCCCAAAACCCCAGCACCAGUGAUAUCAAGGUAAUGAAGCACCUGCCCUAUGGCUCCUCCCUCCUGCCUAAUGUUUGUUGUUAUUUGUGGCUGGGUGCUAAAUUUAGACGCAGCAUGCACACCGUGCCGUUAAUAGAGGUGUGUGUUCAGAGUCAUUAGCUUCCACUAGAAGUCAGCAGCUAGCUUCCCUCUGGCUCUGCUCUCUUUCUCUCUCUCUCUCUCCUCUCUCUCGCUUUCUCUCUCUCUCACUCCUCUCCCCUCCACUGAGCCUGUUGUACUUGCAUGUCACGCAGCGAAGACAAGACACCGCCUCGCCCCAGACCCCUUUUACUAAUUUACCCAUAAUCUCGCAGAGGUCCAGGACAGGAGCAGACAGGUGUCAAUCACAAAGCAGCAGAAAUGAUGUGGAGUCUGUGUUGUUGUUGUUUAGGAAGAGAGAGGAGGGAGUACAAAGGAGCUGAAGGCCUUUGGAUCCAAGCCAGUGUCAGUAUAGAUUUCCUUGUAGAGCCACAGCGAGGCCUAGUGCUCUCUCUCUUUCUCUCUCUUUCAUUUUGUCUCUCUCCCUCUCUCUCAUUCUCUCUCUCCUUUUCCCUCUCAUACUCUCUCUCUUUCUGUCUCUCUCUCUCUUUUUCUCUCUCUCCCUCUCCCUCCCUCUGUCUCUCAAUGCCUGGGAAAAUGUCAGUGUGUUUUUACUGGUGGUGAUUUUAUCUCUAUAGAAAUGACUGUAAUAAGACCAAUGGGUACUUACUUAUUUGUUUGGUGAAUACAUUAGCUCCAGCCGCUUAUAUCUUAAAGGGCAUUGCAUUAGAAUCACAUCGGACUUGAUUUUGUUUUGGUACAGUAACGGUCAACUAUGCUCUUUUUAUGGCUAUUACUUUACUGUACAUUUCAUUGUGUCUUUCUCAAAGAAAAUAGCCACUGACACAUAACAUAACCCAGUCCUGGAGCAUUGCAAUGUCUAUAUCUCCCGAGUGGCGCAGUGGUCUAAGGCACUGCAUCGCAGUGCUAGCUGUGCCACUAGAGAUCCUGGUUCGAAUCCAGGCUCUGUCGUAGCCGGCCGCGACCGGGAGACCCAUGGGGAGGCGAACAAUUGGCCAAGUGUCGUCCAGGGUAGGGGAGGGAAUGGUUGGCAGGAUGUAGCUCAGUUGGUAGAGCAUGGCGUUUGCAACGCCAGGGUUGUGGGUUCGAUUCCCACGGGGGGGCAGUAUGAAAAAAAUAAAAAUAUAAUAUAAAAAUAUAAAAUGAUGUAUGUGCUCACUAACUGUAAGUCGCUCUGGAUAAGAGCGUCUGCUAAAUGACAAAAAUGUGUUGUGUAUAGAUUGUCAUUAUACACCUUCUUCCUGUCUCUCUCCUUCAUAAUGCCAAUUUGUUUCCUUUGAAUGUGUUCUGACAUUUUGUCAUGUAUUUUACAUUUACAUUUUACAUAUUUAGCAGACGCUCUUAUCCAGAGCGACUUACAGGAGCAAUUAGGGUUAAGUGCCUUGCGACCUUUCGGUUACUGGCACAACGCUCUUACCCACUAAGCUACCUGCCGCCCUAUUUUAUCUACUUUCGAGUGAUGACAGCAUCUCUCUAUCCAACAGGCUAUGGAUGUAGCUAUCUGAUCAUCCUGUCAAGUAGUGUAACAGAAAGACGCAUUUCAUUCAUACCUGGGCUCAAAUAUACAGUGGGGAAAAAAAGUAUUUAGUCAGCCACCAAUUGUGAAAGUUCUCCCACUUAAAAAGAUGAGAGAGGCCUGUAAUUUUCAUCAUAGGUACACGUCAACUAUGACAGACAAAUUGAGGAAAAAAAAUCCAGAAAAUCACAUUGUAGGAUUUUUAAUGAAUUUAUUUGCAAAUUAUGGUGGAAAAUAAGUAUUUGAUCACCUACAAACAAGCAAGAUUUCUGGCUCUCACAGACCUGUAACUUCUUCUUUAAGAGGCUCCUCUGUCCUCCACUCGUUACCUGUAUUAAUGGCACCUGUUUGAACUUGUUAUCAGUAUAAAAGACACCUGUCCACAACCUCAAACAGUCACACUCCAAACUCCACUAUGGCCAAGACCAAAGAGCUGUCAAAGGACACCAGAAACAAAAUUGUAGACCUGCACCAGGCUGGGAAGACUGAAUCUGCAAUAGGUAAGCAGCUUGGUUUGAAGAAAUCAACUGUGGGAGCAAUUAUUAGGAAAUGGAAGACAUACAAGACCACUGAUAAUCUCCCUCGAUCUGGGGCUCCACGCAAGAUCUCACCCCGUGGGGUCAAAAUGAUCACAAGAACGGUGAGCAAAAAUCCCAGAACCACACGGGGGGACCUAGUGAAUGACCUGCAGAGAGCUGGGACCAAAGUAACAAAGCCUACCAUCAGUAACACACUACGCCGCCAGGGACUCAAAUCCUGCAGUGCCAGACGUGUCCCCCUGCUUAAGCCAGUACAUGUCCAGGCCCGUCUGAAGUUUGCUAGAGUGCAUUUGGAUGAUCCAGAAGAGGAUUGGGAGAAUGUCAUAUGGUCAGAUGAAACCAAAAUAGAACUUUUUGGUAAAAACUCAACUCGUCGUGUUUGGAGGACAAAGAAUGCUGAGUUGCAUCCAAAGAACACCAUACCUACUGUGAAGCAUGGGGGUGGAAACAUCAUGCUUUGGGGCUGUUAUUCUGCAAAGGGACCAGGACGACUGAUCCGUGUAAAGGAAAGAAUGAAUGGGGCCAUGUAUCGUGAGAUUUUGAGUGAAAACCUCCUUCCAUCAGCAAGGGCAUUGAAGAUGAAACGUGGCUGGGUCUUUCAGCAUGACAAUGAUCCCAAACACACCGCCCGGGCAACGAAGGAGUGGCUUCGUAAGAAGCAUUUCAAGGUCCUGGAGUGGCCUAGCCAGUCUCCAGAUCUGAACCCCAUAGAAAAUCUUUGGAGGGAGUUGAAAGUCCAUGUUGCCCAGCGACAGCCCCAAAACAUCACUGCUCUAGAGGAGAUCUGCAUGGAGGAAUGGGCCAAAAUACCAGCAACAGUGUGUGAAAACCUUGUGAAGACUUACAGAAAACGUUUGACCUGUGUCAUUGCCAACAAAUGGUAUAUAACAAAGUAUUGAGAAACUUUUGUUAUUGACCAAAUACUUAUUUUCCACCAUAAUUUGCAAAUAAAUUCAUUAAAAAUACUACAAUGUGAUUUUCUGGAUUUCUUUUUCUCAUUUUGUCUGUCAUACUUGACGUGUACCUAUGAUGAAAAUUACAGGCCUCUCUCAUCUUUUUAAGUGGGAGAACUUGCACAAUUGGUGGCUGACUAAAUACUUUCUUUCCCCACUGUAUUUCCUCUCCCUCCCUCCCUCCCUCCCUCCCUCCCUCCCUCCCUCCCUCCCUCCAGCCUGUCAUGUCUGAGCCUGGCCACAGUACAGGAUAGAGCUGCAGAUGUAUCACCUUUCAUCAGCAGGCCAGCGCUACACCCCUGUCACAGCAGCUCUCACUCACUAUCCCCCUGACAAGGUCAGAGAAGGAGAGAGACCAUGCCUUGACAGGUCUGAGAGUGAAAAUCUCAGAUAGAUUGUGGCAGUCCAACAAUUUUAGCAUGCUGAACAUGCUCACUAGAGUGAAAAGUUGGACAUAGGUUUACUGGGUAUGAAUAUGUUAUACUCAUCCAGCAGUGGAAAGAGGAUUCAUAGCUACAGAAUGCACUCGAGAAAUGUGUGUUGGCGCACCAGCCAGUGUGUGUGUUUGUGUAUGUAUGUAUGUGUGUGUGUGUUUGUGCAUGUGCGUAUGUGCAUACCAGCCUGUGUGUGUGUUUUAGGAAGAGAGAAGAGGGGGAGUGGGAUAGAGUGAGGUGAGACAGAUAGCUAGAGAGAUAGAGAGGCACUGGAGAGAGGAAGCAGAGGACGGAAGAGACAGAGGGAGAAGGAAGGAGAGGACGGAAGAGACAGGGAGAAGGAAGGAGACAGAAUUUGGGUGUGUGUGAAGCCACAUUUAAGCUUAUUGAAGUGAGUUAUUUUGAUGUUUCCUUGCCCGCUUCUCUGAGUUGAUACGGAUCUGCAUCACAAAUCCUGCCUGCCACUAACUGCACCAUUCAGCACCUCACUCUCUCUCUCUGCUGCAGACAGCCUCUCACACAGAGAGAGAGAGAGAGAGAGAGAGAGAGGAGAGAGAGAGAGAGAGAGAGAGAGAGAGAGAGAGAGAGAGAGCGAGAGAGAGAAGACUACUGUGAUGGAAUGUCAAACGUGACUGUAACUCUCUUUUUACUUGGGAUUUUAUUUAGAAACCUCCAACUUCCAUGUAAGGAAACAAUAAUUGAUAUGGGGAUAUAGAAUAUAAGAGUGGAGAAUGCAACAUACACCAGUCAGUCGCGUAACUUAUGGAUUCCAAACCUGUUAAGAAAUAAUAGCCAUAGAGUUUUUGAAAUGAUAUGGUGCAUUUUUACCUAAGCCAUUUUUGUUGCACUUUAAUAAUACUUGAUUUUUAACCUCCCAUCCUGGUCACUGAAAAGGUGACUGUGUGUGGGAGCGAUUGAAAGAGAAAAUGACUGAUAAUCACUGCCUGGUCCACCUGGUUUAGUGGGUGUGCAUAACAAUGUCGUAGUUAAGCAUGGAAAUGAAUGCAAACCGUCUCAUAACCCUCCAUGCUGCUAGGAAUAUUCCAGCCCAUUUAACAUUGGAUAUUUUCUAUUCCCAAUCAUACAUCAUUGGAGGUUUCUUUCAGAGGUGACACUUCAUAUAGGGAUAUGUUGUUGGCAGGUUUAUUAUACCUUUUUUUAUAUUUAGAUGUGAAUGUGGAUGAUUUAUCAAGGUUCUCUAUGGGCAGUAUGCAACAUUAUCGUAAAAAGAUAAUAAAAAAAAUCAUGAUCAUGACGACAAUGGGGAUGGCCAUGAUGCUCAGGAUGGCGACAGGAUAAUGACAAUGUGUAUAUUUAUCACCCUAAUGAUGAUGACUAACAAUUAUAAUCAUGGUAAUUAUGAGCGCUAACAUUAGCACGGUAGGUAGGUAGUCCUCUUCUGUCUUUUCUGUCUCUCCUGUCCUCCUCCCAGGCUGUAGAUUACAAGGUAGCUCCAGCCUGCAGCCCCAGAGUCUGCAGCCAGCGUUAGAACAAGGCUGUCAUGUGAGUGAGAGCAGGGGGGAGUGUCAUGCCAGUGAGAGGAGGGGGGAGUGUCAUGCCAGUGAGAGGAGAGGGGAGUGUCAUGCCAGUGAGAGGAGGGGGGAGUGUCAUGCCAGUGAGAGGAUGGGGGAGUGUCAUGCCAGUGAGAGGAGGGGGGAGUGUCAUGCCAGUGAGAGGAGAGGGGAGUGUCAUGCCAGUGAGAGGAUGGGGGAGUGUCAUGCCAGUGAGAGGAGAGGGGAGUGUCAUGCCAGUGAGAGGAGAGGGGAGUGUCAUGCCAGUGAGAGGAGGGGGGAGUGUCAUGCCAGUGAGAGGAGAGGGGAGUGUCAUGCCAGUGAGAGGAUGGGGGAGUGUCAUGCCAGUGAGAGGAGGGGGGAGUGUCAUGCCAGUGAGAGGAGGGGGGAGUGUCAUGCCAGUGAGAGGAGGGGGGAGUGCAUGUUUCUUUUUUUUUGCUUUGAGUCUUUCUUCCUCUCCUUCUUCUCUUCCCUCCACGUGUUUCCCAUAUACCUCUUUGAUCCUCCAGCCUUUCUCUCUCUGUCCUCAUAAUGUGUGUCGUAAGGUGCUGGUGUGUGUGUAUGUGUGGUUUGUGUGCCACGCUCUUCACACAUGACCCCUAGGUUCACACACCUUGACAUUAGAGCCAGGCUGUUGCCAUGGAGACUAACAUGGUGCUGGUGCUGAAGGUCACGGUAUAUACAAGGCUGUGUGUGUGUGUGUCUGUGUCCUCUGUGUAGCGUCGACGCUCGGUGUUGAACAUAUUUGACGCUGGAUGCGUGGGUGUGUUAGAACUAAUAGCCUCUCUUUUUGGAGUCAUUUUGAUAGCGACACGUUUAAUAACAACAACAGCCCUGGCAAAGGACUCUGUUCCGAAAAAUCAGUUCCACCACAGGAAAAAGGAUGAAGAGACUAGAGCCUCCAGUGACAAUCUCUCCAACUCGUUGGAUUUAGCCAAUGGAAAAUAUCUCUCUCUCCCACUACAGAUGAGAGAGAGAGUCCUCUAGUCUAGAAAGCAGCCAGGGGAAAAAGUAUUCCUAUAAAUAUUGGUGUAAAACUAGGACAGUGGGAAUCACUGAGAGAAUCAUUGAGAAGCAUAUGUUGAGCUACAGCUGUUGCUGCUGUCAGUGUUUAGCCCACUGCAGGGGCUGAAUGUACUCCAGAUAGAGCACAGGACAGCCAGUUCAACUGGAGCAGGCAUCCGACUGGGCCAACGAGCUCUCACAGUCUCACUGCAGAAUUAGACGUUCAUCCACUUCUCCAAACGUCAAAUUUUGAAGUGUUUUUGUUGCUCCUGCUGCUCUGUAUCGUUCCAUUUCACCAAACCUCAAAUUUCUAUGUUAAGUUUAGGCACUCAUUCCGAAUGAUUAAGGUAAGGGUUAAGGUUUGGGAUAGGGUUAAAACAUUAAGUUUAGGCACUCAUUCCAAAUGGUUAAGGUAAGGGUUAAGGUUUGGGAUAGGGUUAAAAACUAAACUAAAAAACCAGUGUCCACGACUGGGAUCGAACACGCAACCUUCUGAUCCAGAGGCACCUUCUGAUCCAGAGUCGUGGGAUGACGCCCCAUCCACAAAGUCCUAGCAAAACCCAAGCCUACUUGAUGGUAAUGGCGCUCAAUGUUGCCCCUAGUGGCCUGUUUUGAAGAGAUUUCCCGACGUCCUCAGGACAUGGAUAGACGUCCAAUUUCGACGUCAAUCUUGAACGACCUGGCUGGACUGGGCAGCCGCCAAGUCCAUUUCAAGGACCCUUCAACAGCCAGUCUCACUGCUGCUGGGUCAGUGGCACUGGGCACUGCACACAACUCACAUUGAUUAACCAAUUAAACAAGGAAUUAGUUGAUCAAUUGAUCAAUAAAUCAACUGCAUUUCAGAGACAUCUUUCUCAGUAUAGUAGAUUAUAGUUUUUAAUCGCUAGGGCAGUGAAGCUAAACAGCUAGCUAAUAUUGCUAACAGUCCCAGUUCUAGGGACAGCUUGAUAAGCAGUGAGGCGUUGCUCAUUAGAUAACGUUGCAGUUGUGGUUUUGUUCCCUGGUAUGUAACAAGGAGGAUUAUGGCUUAAUUUAGCCAAGCGGAACUAUCACAGAGAGGCUGCCCCUCUCGGCCUGUUCUCCCUGGCACUGCCCCAGCCUCAGUCCUCCUGGUCCUCCAGCCUGGCCUGUCUGGCACAUGGUACUGCCAGCACACUACAGGAUGGAGAGCAGAGAGAGAUAGAGGGAGAAGGGAAGGACAUAGGGAGAGAGAGGGGGAGAGGUAGAGAGAGAGGUAGGGAGAGAGGAGAGAGAGAGGUAGAGGGAGAAGGGAAGGGAGGGAGAGAGAGAGGGGAGGGAGAGAGAAGGGGAGAGGUAGAGAGAGAGGUAGGGAGAGGGGGAAGAUAUAACAGAAACACACAGUCUCCAUCAGAUCCCUCAAUGGGAACACUAAGGGCUGCUGGGCUGGGUCCCACUGACUCCUCUAGGCAUUUCCCUUAAUGGUGCAGUUUACCACAGUUUGGGGAACUUACGGUAUACAGAUGUAGGAUCUUAAUUUGAGCCAAUUUGCUACAGCAGGAAAAUAAUCCUUCAGCAACAGGAAAUAUGAAUAAUUAUGUGGAUUAUAUUUAAUAUACAUUUUGUAGGGGUUGAUACAUUUUUCGUAAGGGAAAAUCAAGUCUGAAAUGUCAAAGUGGAAGUUAUUGUAGCGGGUGAUUAGGACGGAGUCAGGCGCAGGAGGUGUGAAUCACAGAAUAUGGUUUAUUCGUCCAAUAAAGCAGUUCGCAGCAAUGUGAAAACCAAAUACAGUGCGACUUCAAUGCGCACUGGGAAAACAAAACACCCGGGUGAAUAUCCCGGCGACAAAAGUAACAUGAAUGCUCAACCGAGCUAGCGACACCUCCACAUGGAAACAAGCAGAGGGAACAGGGACGGCUUGUUCAAUAGGGCGAUAUGGGCGACGCACUGCCAAACGGGAAAAGGAAGGGAUUUUUUUUCUAAUCAAUUAUAUCACGGCAACAGCAGUUAUCAGUGUUCAUGUCUGAUCUGCCAGCCACUAAAUGUCAAAUCAGGCUGAAGUCGUGCUUCAAAUGGCCCCGCCCGUUUUUGGGGCGAUUUCAGUCAAGUUGAAAAUCGCCCAGAAGUCUCUCAUAGCCUGUCAUGUAAAAUCUAUUUUUUUCACAUUUCAAAGCUUUCAAUACAUUCUCUAUGGGUGUCUGUGGGCUUGCACUUACGCGCUUUCGUCAUACGUGACGUAACGUUGAACGUAACUAAGACAAUGGCGGCUGGCAGCGUCUCUGUUGCGACCUGCAGUGCGGCGUUAUUUUAUGUUUUUAAUUUGUAGACUUAGUUUACAAACAUUCUGCCAACCAUGGAUUUCCAGUGGUUGGUUUUGGACUGAUCUUGUUGAUCGUGUACAUACCCGCUACGAACGGACUAAACAAUGAAAACGCUGCUGGCAGCUGAAUCCCAAUACAGCUGGGAAACUUGGCUGGAUGACAGAGUCCCGGACAGAGAAGUGGAGCCGGCCACCUUCACCCUGGUCAGAGCGGACCGCGAUCCUGGUAAGAGAGCGACUCUGUACCCCGACAUUGAACUGCUUUCUGUGUCAUUGCGACCUUACUAUCAAUUCAAUUCAAUUUAAGGGCUUUAUUGGCAUGGGAAACGUGUGUUAACAUUGCCAAAGCAAGGGAAGUAGAUAGUAAACAAAAGUGAAAUAAACAAUAAAUAUUAACAGUAAACAUUACACUCAGAAGUUUCAAAAGAAUAAAGACAUUUCAAAUGUCAUAUUAUGUAUAUAUACAGUGUUGUUACAAUGUGCAAAUAGUUAAAGUACAAAUGGGAAAAUAAAUAAACAUAAAUAUGGGUUGUAUUUACAAUGGUGUUUGUUCUUCACUGGUUGCCCUUUUCUUGUGGCAACAGGUCACAAAUCUUGCAGCUGUGAUGGCACACUGUGGUUUUUCACCCAGUAGAUAAGGGAGUUUAUCAAAAUUGGGUUUGUUUUCGAAUUCUUUGUGGAUCGCUGUAAUCUGAAGGAAAUAUGUGUCUCUAAUAUGGUCAUACAUUUGGCAGGAGGUUAGGAAGUGCAGCUCAGUUUCCACCUCAUUUUGUGGGCAGUGUGCACAUAGCCUGUCUUCUCUUGAGAGCCAGGUCUGCCUACGGCGGCCUUUCUCAAUAGCAAGGCUAUGGUCACUGAGUCUGUACAUAGUCAAAGCUUUCCUUAAGUUUGGGUCAGUCACAGUGGUCAGGUAUUCUGCCACUGUGUACUCUCUGUUUAGGGCCAAAUAGCAUUCUAGUUUGCUCUGUUUUUUUGUUUGUUCUUUCCAAUGUGUCAAGUAAUUCUCUUUUUGUUUUCUCAUGAUUUGGUUGGGUCUAAUUGUGUUGUUGUUGUUGUUGUUGUUGUUGUUGUUGUCCUGGGGCUGUGUGGGGUCUGUUUGUGUUUGUGAACAGAGGCCCAGGACAAGCUUACUUAGGGGACUCUUCUCCAAGUUCAUCUCUCUGUAGGUGAUGGCUUUGUUAUGGAAGGUUUGGGAAUCGCUUCCUUUUAAGUGGUUACUAUCUGCCCCGUGAGUUCCCCCAAUUGUUUGUUACCGUUGUGUACUGUUGAUAAUCACAAGUUUACUGGAGAACUGAGACCAAGUAGAGACUUUGGACAGGGUGGAUAUGGUAUAAUAAAGGCAGUUUAUUCAGAGGUAAAGAUAUCUGGAAUCGCGUGCACGGACUCGUGCACGUGUGUAGGUCACCUAAAUCAUCAGAAAAAUUGCCCCUCCUGAGAAUUUUUUCAGGAGCCGCCACUGAGAGGGAAUACUUAUACAGGGACUGAUGAGGGGAUAUGUACCAGGUGUGUGUGAAAAACAAGACAAAACAAAUGAAUGAUGAAAAGAGGAGCGGCAGUGACUAGAAGGCCGGUGAUGACGAACGCCGAAGACUGCCCGAACAAGGAGAGGAGGCAGCUUCGGAGGAAGCCGUGACAGUACCACCCCCUUGACGCGCAGCUCCAGCAGCACGCCGACACCGGCCUUGGGAACGGCCAGGAGGAUGUGGAGCAGGGCGAUCCAGAUGGUGACGUUGGAAAUCCCGCAACAGGGAGGGAUCGAGGACAUCCUUCACCGGGACCCAUCACCGCUCCUCCGGACUGUACCCCUCCCAGUCCAUGAGGUACUGAAGGCCCCCCACCCGACGCCUCUAAUCCAGGAUGGAACGGACGGAGUACGCCGGGGCCCCCUCGAUGUCCAGAGGGGGCGGAGGGACCUCCCGCACCUCAGACUCCUGGAGCGGACCAGCCACCACCGGCCUGAAUUAAAAUAAUUCAAGAAUAGUCAGAUUGACUAGCGAUAGUUAUCUCUCAUUCCAAACUAGCUCACUCACUCUGUCUUUCUUUUUGUACGAUUCAUAUAUAUAACUAUUGCCAAAUUAUAAACUUCUUCAUAAUUAUCCUUAUUAUACAUUAUCCUCAACUCUGUAUUAUAAAUUACCAUAAAUUACUCAUCCCAUGCCUUUUGGCUUUCCAGUGUAGGUGAUCAAUUCACACUAGAAAGUCAGGACAGAGUUCAGAGGUCAUUGAAAUCCUUUAAAGAAGUGUACCAUUCUAUAGUAUAAACUAAUCUUUAACAACAGUCAAAACAUUUCAUAAAUGUUAUGUAUCCCAAGUGUACAUUAAGUCCUCAUGACAUUUCUUCUCAAAAGAAAUCAACGUUUUUUACCCAAAACUUACUCCCAAAGGAAAAGAAAACUUCAUAAAAUUCUGUGUGUGCCCCUUUAAGACCCCCUAAAAUCAAAAUAAUAAGCCCUAUCUAAACAUCAUACUAGGUGGGUUGUGUGUGGUUUAUUUGAAAAACCCAAUUGGAAAACAAAUAACUAAAAUGGCCAGGCCUCAUUUAAUUUGGUAGCUCCCUUUUACGACCUAAAAAUAAGACUGCCUAAUUUUACUAACUGUUCCACCUAUCCCACAGACUUUUGAAACAUCCAAAUGAGAUAUAAGGAAAUCCCCAUUCUACUGGAAAAUAAAGUAUACAUGUCGUUAACAUUCAAUUAUAAUCAGCAAUCCAAAAAUAUUAAUUACAUGCAAAAUAUGAGGCAGAUAUGCCCUGUUCUAUCUCACAUCAAUAAUCGUUUGUUUUAAUCUAAUUCCUCAUAACUACUCCAGAAGAAGAUUACAUAAAAUCUUUCAAAAGAUGAAAACCACUCAAUGUUCUCUGAGUUUGCGAUGAUAAUUUGCUAAUUAAUACCCUUCAGACUUCAUCCUCUGUAAUUCUCAUAAUAAUGAUCAAAAGCCUAAAUCUGUUUGGUAAUGUAAUCAUCUCCACUUGUUGCAUUUAUGUUUUAAAAUAACACCCUAUUGUUUAAUAACUCCAGAACUUACAAACACUGUUUACUACUCCAUAAGACUAAUAGUAAAAACUAUCUCCCAUUGUUCAACAUACCAUAAACUGUCAGAGCGGGCGUAGGUGUGGUGUAGGAAUCAGAUGCAGGACACAGAUGCUAGUCCAAAAAUACUUUAGUAAAGUCCACAAAAAGAACGGCUACAAACAAAGCCGGAGGCACGAGAGAAAUAACGCACACAGCGUAUAAAUGCAAAACACAGCAAACACGCUCAACAAGUGCGGACUCUCUAUCCAAUACAAAAUAGAGCACUAACUGACUGGAAGCACCAGCUGACAAGGAACAACUACACACAACCACAAGACAGAAACAACGAGAACUUAAAGGACACAUAAUCAAGACAAAAUGAGAAACAGGUGUACCAAAACAGACCAAACCAAACAAACACAGAAACAACGAACGGUGGCAGCUAGUACUCCGGAGACGACGACCGCCGAAGCCUGCCCGAACAAGGAGAAGGAGCAGCCUCGGCCGAAACCGUGACAUAAACAGAUUAUCGUCUUUAGAAUUCAUUAACUAUUUGCAUACGUCACUGGUGUUACGCAAACUAUAGAAUAAAGUAACAACAAUUAGAAUUUGUCAAAGAAUGUUUCCCAUGUAACUAUCUAGAUAUGUGCUUCACAUCACCCUCUGUGUCUUUUAUAUCCCGAUAUAUAGCCCAACUAUCAAUAUUUUCUCUCACCCUCUUACUAAAUCAUGGCAUUAGUCAAUUCUAUCCACAAACCACUACUAUGUAAUAACAUAUUUUCAUAGACUUUACUAGAAAUAAUUAUUUUAACACCAGUCUACUUAAACAAUCCAAUUCAACAUUUCUCAUCACCCAAUUAAACAUCCUUCUUCAAACAAUCCAAUCCUCUACAAUCUCUAUUAUCCUCUAUUGCUGACUUUCCAUCUAACGGUACUUUAACAGAUGACAAAUUAUUGUGAAGUUAUAGUUAAAACAAAGAAAACAUAUAUUCACAGAGAUGCAACUUUAAUUACUAUGUUAUCCAAUGCCUUCAUGAGUUGGUAAGACAAUCUCUUUCCUAUAAUCUUAUCAAUUAAAGCAGUUAUUCAGGUCAACAGCAUCAAUGUAACAGUUUUGCUUCCUUCCCUACAUGGUCUUGAACCAGGGACCCUCUGCACACAUUAAAAAUAGUCACCCUCUAAGCACCAUUACUCGUUAUUUCAACAAAAUCCGCAACCUUUGCAAAGCAAGGCAAACAACUAUUUCCAUGUUGCAGAGCAAGUUACGUCACCACUCUAAACGCUACUAGUUCGCACCACUAACUAGCUAGCCAUAUCCCACUGGUAACAUUCAUCACCCUUUGACUUCCUCCUUUUCCACAGCAACCAGUGAUCCUUAUACACCAAACGUAACCCAUAAUGACACGUACAGCUCUCUCACGUUUCAGCGAGCCCCAGCUGCUAACACCCACAGAUCAACACCUAGAAACUCUCCAGACAACAAAUAAAAACCAUUCUCAAACAGCGUUAUGCAUUUACCUCUAUCGUAGGGUUUAAAAACGAACUUAACACCUUUCACAAUCCUAAAUUGCUGAAGUAGCUUCAUGUUUGGUUCAGUUUAUCUGUUACGAUAUUGUGUAAGUAAUUUCUGUAGUGACCUCAGCUACAAUUUCCUAUAUUCCUCCUGUUCUCAGCCAAGAUAAUCGCCACAGCUCUUAUGAGACCACCAAUCCGCCAUUAUUAGAAUGCAUCAGAUCUAGGUAACUGUCCUUUCUAAGUAGGCUACAAGCAAUAAACCAAACAUUUGCUUUAGUUGCCCAUCAUAUAAUGAAUUUAUAUCCAUAUUAUCAAUAUCCAAUUAAUUGAUAGACAUUACGCCACCAUUCUCAAUCGUUUAAUCUAGCAAACCCGUAGGCAACGCAAAACAAAUGACUACCACAAAAUUGUCUCGCUAUUCCUGUUAAAUAAGUGAGUCUUUCCAUUUGAACUACUUUGUAGUAUCUGUCUAAGCAACACAUACCAACAGUAGAAUUACACUCAGAAACCCAGAUUUGUUUACUCUAUGCCAUUGCACCAAUGCUAUUGAACUGACACAGACAUCCCACAAAUAGCCCAAUUACACUGGUUUAUCAUCUAACCCUCUGAUACAAAAUGAAGUUCCUUCACUUCACCACCUUAGCUCCACACUGAUAAUUAGUUUAAUGGAAACCCUAAAUUAGCUUUGUACAAUAUUAUAACUUACGUCUAUAAAUUCCACUCCUUAUGGGCAGUUAAUUUCUUAAAUCGUAUCUCUAUCAAAGGAUCUAACAACGGUACAACUUAGAAAACCUGUAUUCAUUAUUACCCACCCAUGACGUACGUCUACGUUUGGGUGAGCAAGUUAAUACAUACAUAGCACUCUAAUUAUGAUUCUCUCACUUAGAGUAAUCGAUUACCCACAUAAACUACAUCCUAUUUCCACAUCGUCACAAACUCCAUAUAGAACGUUAGAAACUUCUAGGUACUCACGUCAAAGAAUACUUUCGUGUUUGUAACGAUUCUCAAUCGACCGAAAUCAACUUCUUUAACCAUACUCCCAGCGGAACCAAAAAAACUGACUGUAGUUUCAAGGACACUGACCUUCCUGUCAUUGGAUCCUCACCGGUUCUCUAACCUUCAGGAAACCCUGUCAAAGUCAAGCCUCUCAUUAAAACAUAUACUUCACCAUUACACUCUAAAAUAACCUCACGUUCUCCAUACCACUCCUUGAUAUCAUAUGAUGGGCAUUGAUGUGCGGAACCACAAUAUAAUGUUCUAUCAAAGCUUAUUAUCCAAACUUAUAUCAACUUAUCAUACACAUUCAUAAAAUUGAUUAUGCACUCUUUCAAAUUAAAAUUACUUUCUGCUCUUUGUUCAUAAAAUAGCCUGUUGUUCCAUAUACCUCGAUGUCAUCUGGUGAACAAAAAUGGUUGCAUCGAUUUAACUUAAAAGGUUUCUUCCCAUGAACACCAUAGUAGUUGUAGCGUUUACUAUAAAUGAAUGUUGAAAAUGAAUAUCCUCCUAAUCAAUUUGUAAUGGGAGAGAUAUAUGAUCAUUUUGCAUAGUUUCACUAAUUCUGAUACACUGGACUUUCUGUUUACUUAAAGGACACCUUCAACCUCUCUAGGUUUAUUCUGGGAGUUAGGGUGCGGUUGGGCAGGAGUCCAAUUUCGUCUCUCUAUCUCCCCCGAUUAUUACCGUUCCCUUGCUUCAACGAAAAAUUCCAUAAUUGUAUUUGCUAAUCUAUUGUUCAAAUCAACAUUUUGGUUUUGUUUGAUUAUUGUAAAUAUCAUUUUAUAUUCCUUUUCCACACGCUCUCUAGUAGAUCUAAUUGCUGGUGUGUGGUUGGCUGGAUCCGGUCGCUCAGCUGGUUUUGCAGGAUCGGGUCCUCUCCUCUUCAGGCGCUGGACGGCCUGGAGAACCCGAUCCAUCACUUCGCCCAAGCUGGCUAACAUAUUGGAAUGCUCCCGGAACCGCUCAAAGGCUCCAGGCAUAUUCCCCGCUCCUGCUGACUCCAUUCUGUUGGGUGUGUGAUUCUGUAGCGGGUGAUUAGGACGGAGUCAGUCGCAGGAGGUGUGAAUCACCGAAUAUGGUUUAUUCGUCCAAUGCAGCAGUUUGCAGCAAUGCGAAAACCAAAUACAGUGCGACUUCAAUGCGCACUGGGAAAACAAAACACACGGGUGAAUAUCCCGGCGACAAAAGUAACAUGAAUGCUCAACCGAGCUAGCGACACCUCCACAUGGAAACAAUAACACACAAAGACAUGGGGAGCAGAGGGAAUACUUAUACAGAGAUUUAUGAGGGGAUAUGUACCAGGUGUGUGUGAAAAACAAGACAAAACAAAUGGAAUGAUGAAAAGAGGAGCGGCUAGAAGGCCGGUGACGACGAAUGCCGAAGCCUGCCCGAACAAGGAGAGGAGGCAGCUUUGGAGGAAGUCGUGACAGUUUUUUAAACCUUAAAUGUUUUAAAGUUUUCCUGCAACAGGGUGAUCAAAUGAAGAUCCAAAUCUGUAUGUGCUAAGGCCUAGACUUGCACAGUUCAUGCACAACUACAGAGUACAUGCAGUUUUCAUUGUCACUGAUCACCAUCUUUAUUUUCUUUAUCAGUUGAACAGGGUUUCGAUUACAAACAGUUAAUGUGUUGUGUAUUUUCUCUCUUUACUUGACAUGCAAGUCAAAUAGCUUGAAUAGCUGCGGCAAGUUUGAUAGAAAGGCAUUACUCAUGAGCGCUUUCAUGUUUUAUGCCUGAUGCCCUGUUCAAAGAUGUCUUCAUCGCUGUUCGCAGCGAGUCUGACAGCAGUCGUUUUUUGAUGGUCAGCAAAGCUGGUCACGGACAGACUACAAGCUUAAUUAGACAGGUUAUUUCAGUAUGACGCCUCUUCUGGCAUCCCUGCCUGCCUGCCUGCAUCCCUGCCUCCCUGCCUGCCUGCAUCCCUGCCUACCUGCCUGCCUGCACCAUCUCACCAUUGUUUUGAUCUCCAAUCCCUUCACACAGUGGGGAGAAACAUGUACCAAAACCAGAGGCGGCCAUCGAUCGAGGAAAAUAGCAUUUUGGACAUGUUGAAAGACCGACCCAAAGCUGGUUCUUAGUGAUAACUAAGGUGUUAAGGUGUGUUUUCCUCGAAUCCCUCCAGUCACGUUCCAGCCUGAAGGCUGCUGUCUGUCUGUCUGUCCGUCUGUGUUUCAGAACUCCCUCCCUUUGAUAAGACACACACAUUGAUUGGUCACUGUAAACACUUUAAAGGUAGCGAGCACGCUUCUGGAACCACAUCGCAUUUAAAACAUGAAUACAAAAUCCCCCGGUCCCCUCCUCCCCUAACCCUCCUUGGCUGGGUUCUGUUUAGGGUAUUGUUUUUCCGUCUUACUGAAAUUCACUAUUGAUCUGCCGUGACAUCGCUCAUAGUGAGGUUUUUAACAAUCAGCCAGUCGGAGCGAGACAAAGUGCUGAGGCAGAUUUAAAUUAAGUAACAUGCGGUAAUACUGGUCGAUGCCAUUGACCAAUCAGGAGGGUACUUAACACUGUGGGUAGGGGGGUUAUUGGGGUGUGAUAAAAGAGUGAGAAAGGGGCAUUGGUGGUGGUGAUGGUGGUGGUGGUGGUGGUGGAAAGAGAGAGAGUGUUUCUGUACACGCAUGCAAGUGCAUGUGCAAACACAUAUGUGUGUGUCUAUGAUUCUAAAGCCUCUGAGGGAGGUGAGAGUGUUUCUGACUUCCUCAGUGAGGACUUGGGGUGACCCAGUAGUCAUUCCAGUGAGAUUGAGAAUGACCUGAGUGUGUAGUUCAUCUCUUAGCGCUGGCCUGCUGAGACUAAGCUGUCUGCUGCAACUCUGAAGCUCAAAUAAGAGGAAGAGAGAGACGGGGGCGCUUUAUCCACAGGACUAUGAUGAGUUGAGUUCUAAACUCUUUAAAAGUUGAUAUCAUCGUGCCCUUUGGCCUGAGCUUUUUCUGGAUUCUUUUUUUUUUUUGGGGAUUCAUUAUUUUCUCUGUUAAAUUCAAUAUUCUGGAAAUGUCAAAUAUCCAAUGUAGGCCUUCAUUUUUGUCACCACUGUCAUCCUUAUCAUCCUAUUUCAGAGAUCUAAAAUGUUCCUUGCAAUUAUUCAGAUCUUACUUUCCCACAUAAAUUAAUCUGAAUUACAGGCACAGUGUUACUGGAUGAGGAAAAUGAGGAAAACCUUCACAUUUCAGUUGAAGAAAAAGUGGAAGGUUUGGAACAGAAAUCUUCAGAUGAUGCAGAUUCAUUGUUACAUCAGUCAAUUCCUGUUCAUCUAAAGCAGAGAGCAACAGUACAGUACAGUAUAACACAGCCAUGUGGAACGUUAGCGGUAGCGUUGGUGCUAGCUGGAGAAAAUGGCCGCUGCUGGACUCGUAUUGUCAGGUUUAAAACACUGAGGGAGCAUUAUGAUAGACUCACUAGAACUCUGCUGUAAUGGAGUUUUAUAUUAUUUUUAUAUUAUCACAACGGGGCUGUUGUCUAACCAAAUGGAAAGGAAUUCCCCUGAGAAAAGGUAUUAAAGUAUUCUAGGCAAACAUUUCCAAUGGGAAAAAUGAAUUUAUAUAUUCAGUCCUAUAUUCUGCAGUGCUCUUAUACUGUGGAUCAUUUAGUCAUGGUAAAUGUCAAAAUACGCAUAAAUUACUAAGAUACUAUCGAUUCAGAAUACUUAAAAUGUUAUCCGAUCCAUCACACACUGUAUGUGCUUUAGCCAACUUCUCUGGUUAUCAUUGUCGUGUCAUUCUUGUAAGGAGUUGCCUAGUCAGGCUAGCCCAUGUACACACACACACCCAUACAUUUCUGAUUGGUGUUUGAAAGAUCACUCGACAGAAAGUGAUAGGCCACCUUUUAGCAGACAGUACUGUAAGCCAAUUAGUGAUUCACCCUUUUUUAAAGAGACCUGGUUCGUAUUCAUUAGGCACCAAACAGAAGAAAAUUGAUUGGUCGUUGUCUAAUAAGAAACACUCCUUCUCUGGGGUUUUUCUAUUUUAAAACUUUGUCCGUUGUGUUCCAUAAUGCACACGAUCCUGGUCCCAUAUUGACUGGUUCUCCUCCCUGGGGAGAUGAUCCAGCUCACUGACCGGUCUAUAGCCAUAAUGAGGCAGAAGAUUAUUAAUUAUAAUGGUAGUCAUCUGUUGUCCACUGUGUACACAUUAUUAGGGUGUGAAUAGGGUGCUUCAUCACCAUUACACAUCCCAAAUGGCAUCCUAUUCCCUACAUAGUGCACUACUUUAGGGUCCAUAGGGCUCUGGUCAAAAGUUGUAGGUAAUAGGGAGCCUCUGUUCUGUUCUGGAUGUUUAAGGGAAUGUAUCAGUGUAUUGACUCACAUACUCUACAGUCCCUUUAUUCUUUUCCACACCUUUGAUAAAUGUGUACAAAGGCAACAAUAUAUAGACUACCAUAUAAUUGUACAUUUGAGUCAUUUAGCAGACACUCUUAUCCAGGGCGACUUACAAUUAGUGCAUUCAUCUUAAGAUAGCUAGGUGAGACAACAACACAUCACAAUCUUAUCAAGUACAUUUUCCCUCAACAAAGUAUUUAUCAGCAAAGUGUGGGGGGGCAUAUCAAAUAGAAAAGUACAAAUAAUUAUUAAUUAUUGUGCUCAAUAACAUGCAUUGACAAAAUGCUACCUCGAGUGAUUGACAAGGUUAGUACUUCUUGAGUAUAAAUAAAAUGAAGUAAAUGAAUAUAUACAUAGCUAGCGCAUAAAGUUCUGAGAACCAUAUGUUUCUUAGGUGGGAAUUUCAGUACUUCAGCAUAAGGUUUUCUGCAGAUUUCCUCAUGGUUCUAUUUAAAGUAAUGUUCUCAGAACAUUAAGAAAACUUUCCAGAAAAACCACAAGAAAACAUUAGUAACGUUCGAAGAACGUUCUAAGAAUGUUAUUUAAAACUAUAUACAUUCUGUUCUCGGUGCCAACAAAACUCUCUCUAUCCUGUUAAGUGUGUUCAGGUGUGUUGGCCGCGCCCGCUAAUUGGCCACACUUGAUCUUAAUGAGUGCUUGUUUCUUUUGAAAUGGAGUCUGUUUGAAUAGACUAAAAUGAACAGUUUUGUAUGAGUUAAAAAAAAACAUGGCAUGCCAGCUCCAUUCUGGUGGCGCAGUGGACUAAUUCCAUGGAUAGAGGACAGAAGAACAGAGGUUCGAAUCUCACAGACACCGUGCCACAAUAAAAAAAAGUAAUGUGUUUGCAUGAUUAAUGCCUAAGCAAAUUAAUUUCCAUGUGUCCUAUCUGUUCCUCAAGUUCAAAACAGUUAACCCAAAUUAAGAUAACAGUGUUAUUAAAAGUCUUAUUGAAACAUGUUCUCAGAACGUUCAUUAAUUAUCUUCAAAUAACCUAAAUCAUUUCCGUUCUCAGAACAUUAAUAAAACCUCCCAGAAAAACUUUCAGGGAACCAUAGUAAAACUUUCUCAGAACCUCUCUGCAACCUAAAAAUUAAUGUUCCCAGAACAGCAGAUAUUUUCACUUCCGUUUUCAGAACGUUUAAAAAACGUUACAUUUUACCGGUCAGGAAACUUAUGGCUUCGUUCCCAGAACCACUGGGAAACCAAAAACAUACGUUCCCACAACUUCCAAUUAACUAAAUGGGCCAGCUGGGAUAGAAACGGAGUGCACUCUAAAUAAUUGACCUGUAUGAUUGAGAAAGACUACAUUGAAGUUCUCCAUGGAGAGAAAUACACUUUUGGAGAGUAUAAAAGAGUGAAGUGUUCUGACUGACUCAUCCUAAACAGCAGUAAAGAUGGACUGGCCAGAACUUGUAACAGCCUGCAGUUCAAUCUCAGCUGCCCUUGAACCAUGCUGGCUGGCUGGCUGCUUCCCUAAAACGAGAUUGGAAAGAAUGAAAAGACACAGACACGCACGUACACACAAACGCGCGUGCACACGCUCGCCAGCAUACACAAGCGCCAGGACACACACAAACACAGACACACUCUCUCUCUCUCACUCUCUCUCUCUUGCUCCCUCGCUCCCUCUCCAUUUCACUCUGUCUUUUAUUUUCUUUCUCUCUCUUUCUCCUUCCCUCAGUCCAUCCCUCUCCCUCUCUCUCGCUCUCUGAUCCACACACCUGAGUUGCGAGGGGGAUGGCUGGUUGAUGGGCAGCUCUAUUAAAGGCCUGGUGGUGCUAUGACUGAUCUGAUGUAUAGUAGCCUUUUCCUCUGACAGAGUGGGUAAUGAGCUUUUCUGGAGCGGCCUGCUGUUUCUCAAUGAUACGCCUCAGUUAGCACCACCACAACAACCACAACCACCAGCACCACUACCACAACCACCAGCAGCACCACCACCACCACCUCAACCACCACCACAACCACCAGCACCACCACCACAACCACCACCACAACCACCAGCACCACCCUACCAGCACCACCACCACAACACCAGCACCACCACCACCACCAGCACCACCACCACAACACCAGCACCACCACAACCACAACCACCACCACCACAACUACCAGCACCACCCCCACCAGCACCACCACCACAACCACCAACGCACCACCACUACUGUGUGUGUGUGUGUCACCUGUCAGCUCUAUAUCCUGGAUGUUGACAUACUAGCACAGUGCUUAGUUACUCUACUUUUAUAGGUAGUUAUACUGUUAACCGUCUACUAAUAAGAAGGAUAUUGAACAUCUGUGUGUUUAUGGUCUUACCAUUUAGUUUGUUUAGCAGUAGCUGGGUUUCCUAACCUGUCUCAUUAAUUUUUCAUGGGUGUCAGCUGGUGUGAAUUAGCGUGAAGCUAGUUUUUGCCUGCGCCUCACACUAGUAUGCAAGUCUACAGGCCACGGAAAUUGCCACAUUUGCCGGCGUACGCUGUCAGACAUUAUUUUCCACAAACAAUGACAUUCCGACCGCUUCUUAGUCUGUUAAGGCUGAUCUGUCAGUGUGUUUGUUUACAUGUAUACAACUAAUAGCUUUAGACACACUACCAUCAAAAAAGAGACUUGCAAUUCCUUGCUGUCUCCCACUGUCCCAGUAAUUAAUGACAGAUGAAAUUAGAGCUCCUGAGUACUCCCUCACGCUGCUCCACUGCUCUGGAGGAGUGAUGGGAGGGCGCAUGGAGACGGGCUGAGAUGCUCUGAUAAGGCCUUGGAUGAUUAGAACAGAACACCUCCGUCUUCCAUCCUUCCAUUCAGAGUGUGGAGAGACAGAGAGAGACUGUGGAGAGAUGGAGAGACAGAGAGAGACUGUGGAGAGAUGGAGAGACAGGGAGAGAUGGAGAGACAGAACACAGGGAGAGGAGGAUUACCUCUGGAUUCGUUUGAUUAGUUUAAAGUGACCCCCUGGAUAAAUGACUGACAAUCAGGACACAAAGUGGGGGGGGGGUGGGGUGUGGUGUGUGUGUGUGUGUGUGUGUGUGUGUGUGUGUGUGUGUGUGUGAGUAUGUAGGUAGGUGCAUGCGUGUUUGUGCAUAUGUGCUUGCAUGUGUGUGUGCAGAGGAAGAGUUGCCUGGUCCCAGAUUUGUAUGUGAUUUUGCCAACUACGAUAGUCAGACCAGUUGCCUACGGUAAACACACAUACAGAUCUGGGACCAGGCAAAAAGCAUGAGGGGUUCGCACAUUUAAGAGGGCCUCCCAUAAGGUUAGUCUGGAAAUGGAUGGCCUUGGCUAGGGUCCUGAAGUUUUGAGUAAGAAAUCACGUCUUCUUCUUCUCUGAUAUAAUGGCAUUCGACCAGAUUUAAUAUGCAUGCCGCCACCUACUUAACAUUAGAAUUAUUCCACAAUACUGGCAACGGAUCAGUUCGCUAACCAUCUCUGAUUUGACUCAAACAACACUACAAGCUACGCUGCCAUGUUCUGCACAGUCAAUCCACCUCAGCAAAAACCGUCUCUCAACCUUACUCUGUGCUCGACAGUCCAACACUGACCCACCAAAAUCACAUGUCAAUAGGCUACAAUAAGUAAUGUUGCAAAGGGUGCUUGAUAGGAACGCCAGAUCACAGGCCAUUCCCAAGAGUCUUGUACUGUAUAUGGUUAGCUAGUGAUGCUGCUGAAACCUGACGCUACCGGUUUCAUGUAGUUCCUUCCCUAUAUAACUGCCUGCCUGGCUACCUUUUCUCUGGGCCUAUGUGAGACCAGAGAACUAGGUGAGUUGACAUGAUCAGUGUUGAAGAGCUGCCUCUAAAAUGCUGACUAUUUGCUCUUCGCGGACCUGGCUUUCUGACUGCUCCCCGCCAUGCGCAGAGCUACAGGACUCAGACACUCAUAAACAUCAAUGCUAUCCAACCUGAUUCGCAGGAUGGUAGCAGUAGAGGUGAAAAAAAUUUGACUUUCAAAUUACCGUCAAUUAAUAUUCAAGGAAGGAGACCUACAUUUCCGUGAUUAGAGCGAAGAGAAGAAGAGGAGUACAAAUAGAAUACGUGAGAAAUGAUGGGGCAGUGGAGGCUGGUUUAGCCAACUUGGAGCGGCGCUUCUCUCCUGCUGGAGAGAGAGUGGGAAAGCAGGCUUGGACACAGGGAAGGAUCUACCUGGAUCUGGAAGAGGAGGAGGAGCUGGGAGCUCCUUAUCUCUAGAUCCUGUGGUGAAUCUAGUACUGAGGUUAUUUACUCUGAAAUCAGUUUGUUCUGCAGUCCAUUUUUGGUUGAUUUGCUACUGGUGAUUACUUAAUUGUAAAGGGACUUUCUUCAAUCCCAUAGGUCAAAACUUGGACAAAGGAAACAUACAGUGCAUUCGGAAAGUAUUCAGACCCCUUCCCUUUUUCCACAUUUUGUUACGUUACAGCCUUAUUCUAAAAUCCUCAUCAAUCUACACACAAUACCCCAUAAUGACAAAGCGAAAAAAGGAUUUUAGAAAUGUAAAAAACUGAAAUACCCUAUUUACAUAAGUAUUCAGACCCUUUGCUAUGAGACUCAAAAUUGAGCUCAUAGCAAAGAGAUUUGGAAAGGCACACACCUGUCUAUAUAAGGUCCCACAGUUGACAGUGCAUGUCAGAGCAAAAACCAAGCCAUGAGGUCGAAGGAAUUGUCUGUAGAGCGCCGAGACAGGAUUGUGUCGAGGCACAGAUAUGGGGAAGGGUACCAAAAUAUUUCUGCAGCAUUGAAGGUCCCCAAGAACACAGUGCCCUCCAUCAUUCUUAAAUGGAAGAAGUUUGGAACCACCAAGACUCUUCCUAGAGCUGGCACCCGGCCAAACUGAGCAAUCGGGGGAGAAGGGCCUUGGUCAGGGAGGUGACCAAGAACCCGAUGGUCACUGACAGAGCUCCAGAGUUCCUCUGUGGAGAUGGGAGAACUUUCCAGAAGGACAACCAUCUCUGCAGCACUCCACCAAUCAGGCCUUUAUGGGAGAGUGGCCAGACGGAAGCCACUCCUCAGUAAAAGGCACAUGACAGCCCGCUUGUAGUUUGCCAAAAGGCACCUAAAGGACUCUCAGACCAUGAGAAACAAGAUUCUCUGGUUUGAUGAAACCAAGAUUGAACUAUUUUGCCUGAAUGCCAAGAGCCACGUCUGGAGGAAACCUGGCACCAUCCCUAUGGUGAAGUAUAGUCGUGGCAGCAUCAUGUUGUGGGUAUGUUUUUCAGCGGCAGGGACUGGGAGACUAGUUAGGAUCAAGAAAAGAUGAACGGAGCAAAGUACAGUGAGAUCCUUGAUGAAAACCUGCUCCAGAGCGCUCAGGACCUCAGACUGGGGUGAAGGUUCACCUUCCAACAGGACAAUAACCCUAAGCACACAGCCAAGACAAUGCAGGAGUGGCUUAGGGAAUGUCCUUGAGUGGCCCAGCCAGAGCCUGGACAUGAACCCGAUCUAACAUCCCUGGAGAGACCUGAAAAUAGCUGUGCAGCGACUCUCUCCAUCCAACCUGACAGAGCUUGAGAGGAUUUGCAGAGAAGGAUUGGAGAAACUCCCAAACUCCCAAAUGUGCCAAGCUUGUAGCGUCAUACCCAAGAAGACUAGAGGCCGUAAUCACUGCCAAAGGUGCAUCAACAAAGUACUGAGUAAAGGGUCUGAAUACUUAUGUAAAUGUGAUAUUUCAGUUGUUUAUUUUUAAUACAUUUGCAAACAUUUCUGAAAACCUGUUUUUGCUUUGUCAUUAUGGGGUAUUGUGUGUAGAUUGAUAAGGAUUUUUUAUUUUUUAUAAAUACAUUUUAGAAUAAGGCUGUAAUGUAACAAAAUGUGGAAAAAGUCUAGGGGUCUAAAUACUUAUCCGAAGGUUCCGAUGAGAGUAAAGAUUGACCAACUACAUAUACUUGCUUCGUUGUAAAAGAUGAAAAAGGAUAAAUUAAUUGAUGUAAUUGUAUUGUUAACAAACUAUGUUCUCUUGUUUGUCUUCCCUAGGUCCAGGAGUGGCUCUGUCUCAACUGCCAGAUGCAGAGGGCCUUGGGUAUUGACAUGACCACCCCACGCUCCAAGAGCCAGAAGCAGAUCCACUCUCCAUCCCACCAAGCCAAACCCAUAGUCCAGCCACCACCUGUUCAGCCAGCUCAGCCAGCAGCCCAGCCAAAACCCCAGCCUCAGCCCCAGGCCCAGCCCCCACCACAGUCAAUACCUCACUCCCAGCCCCACCACCAACCCUACGGUCAAUCCCAGCCCCAGGCCCAGCCCUAUGGUCAAUCCCAGUCCCAGGCCCAGCUCUAUGGUCAAUCCCAGCCCCAGUCCUUUGGCAAAACUCAGCCCCAGCCCUAUGGUCAAUCCAAGCCUCAGCAACAGCCCUACAACCAAACUCAGCCCCAGCCAUAUGGUCAAUCCCAGACCUAUGGCCAUUCCCAGCCUCAGCAACAGCCCUAUGGUCAAUCCCAGCCCCAUCAACAGCCCUACAGCCAAACUCAGCCCCAGCCAUAUGGUCAAUCCCAGCCCCAGCAACAGCUCUACGGCCAAAGCCAGCCCCAGCAACAGCCUUAUGGCCAAACCCAACCUCAGGUCCAAACCCCAAGCUCAGCAUCAGCCACAGCCCUCUCCUGGCCUACAGAGACACCCUGUAGCCGGCUCUGCCUCCCUACCCGGGUCAACGACAAGCUCCCCACAGCACAUCCCAUAUGGCCAGAGAGGGCCUGGAGGUCCCGGCCAGCCUCGGAUCCCCCACCCUGGGGCAGUCCCCCUGGUGGGCAUGGUCAAGGCUCCCUCCCAGCCAGACCUUGGCCGAGGCUCCCCGAUGCACCAGGGCGGCCGCCAGGCUGCCAGCGCUGGCUCGUCGCCAUCCCAUCGACACGCCGCCCCACAUGGGCAACCGCCCCAGGACGGCCUGACCAAACUGUUUGGCUUUGGGGCGUCGCUACUCAACCAGGCGGCCAGCACCCUGGCCUCUGUGGACCCCCUCUCAGGGACACCAUCCUCCCAGCCCUCCCCUGCCAGGGGUGGGCCUUCCAAGAAACAACAAGGACCUCCUGGUGCCAAACCAUUCCAGACAGGUGGCCCCCAUGCACCACAGAUGGAUGGCCCUCAUGCACCGCAAAUGGGUGGCCCGCAAGCACCCCAGAUCGGUGACCCACAUGCAUCCCAAAUGGGUGGCCCUCAUGCACCACAAAUGGGUGGCUCUGAUGCACCCCAGAUGGGUGGCCCACAUGCACCCCAAAUGGGUGGCCCUCAUGCACCACAGAUGGGUGGCCCUCAUGCACCGCAAAUGAGUGGACCGCAUGCACCAACUCAGAUUGGUGGCCCGUAUGCACCACAAAUGGGUGGCCCCGAGCGGUCAACUCAGAAAGGGCCCCAACAGCAGCAAUCACCUGUGCAUCAUCAGAAGGGACCACAGCAACAACAACAGCAGCGGCAGCAGCCCGCCAGACAGGAGCCUGUUCCCAAGCCGGUGGAGCCCGAGAAGCCCAAAGUCAACUGCCCCCUGUGCAAGACGGAGCUCAACAUCGGCAGCACAGCUGAGCCGCCCAACUACAACUCCUGCACCCAGUGCCACACCCAGGUCUGCAACUUGUGUGGAUUCAACCCCGCGCCUCACCUGGAGGUAAGCAAGAUUUUCCUUUUCCACAUACUCUGACCUUUUUCUGUUCAUCUCUCUUUCUAUAUGUUUCUAUCUCCCCCUCUCUUUUCUUCUCGCUCUUCCUACCUCUCACUCUUUAUCCCUCUCUCUCUCUCUCUCUCUCUCUCUCUCUCUCUCUCUCUCUCUCUCUCUCUCUCUCUCCUCUCUCUCUCUCUCUCUCUCUCUCUCUCUCUCUCUCUCUCUCUCUACCCCUCUUAUUGCCCCUGAUCCUUCACUGAGGCCCGUGCUCCUGUUUGUCAUUACAUUGUGAGUAAUGCAGCUCGCUCAGUUCUUUACAGUAAUCACACCUAAAAGCGUCUUGGCAGGUCAAGCUUUACAUCUCCAUCAUGUCUGCCGCGCAACAAUUCAGUGCCCAAUUGAUAGAGGCAGUAUUUCCAUUUUGGCGAGUGGUUCUUUCAGAAUACCUGGUCAAAAGGGGUGCGUGGGAAACACAACACAUCAGUUUUUCCUUCCAUUCACUGAUAAUGAAACUCUCCAAAGCAGGCCCUUUUUCCCUCUCACACCUUUUUCUAUAGAUAAGCACACAGACCUUGAGAACACUGCAUGCGCAUACUAAAGAUUUAACGGUGGAGUGAAGGGCUGGAGCAAGGGAUGAAAUUAGAUGGACAGACACAGUAGAGGAAGCUGUUGGAAUGGCUUAGUAAAACCCUCCACAUUAGGGAUGUUCAGUCUCUAGGCCUUUUGUGGUUGUACUGUACGUGCCAGGCAGGCAGGCAGCUUCUCUUUUUGAUGGAGAUUCUCCAUUGAGCUGUAUUUUUAGUCCAGGACUAGGCUUCAUCUGUGUCCCGCAAACUACCGCUAUAUUCUUAUACUUCUUGUUUAUUUGGUAGGCUUAUACUGUGGUGAAAGCUCUCCUCAUUGUCCUUAAUACUUUAGUGAAUUGUCCAUAAACGGAUGUUAGAUGAGAUGUUGACUAAAUUGGUGAGGUUAAGAACCUGGAUUAGUUUAUAUUAUAUUAUAUUCUCUCCCUCUCUGCAGAGAGCCAGGUCAGAAAUCCUCCUUAAUGGACGUUGAGGAGGCUGGGGAAAAGGUUGAGUAAAUCAACAUUGUGCAUAUUUGCAGGUUGCCAAUUAAAGGCUGGGAGAUGGGAGAUGUAUUUCCCGCUAUAAUUCAGCCCUUAUGAUUCAAGGAGGCUCAGGCUUUCAUCUGUGAGUGUGACCAGAAUGUAAAGAGCUGCUGUUGCAGUGUACCAGUCACUGGGUGUUUUUAAUCCUCCACACUGACGCUGGACUCACAGCCUAGCAGAUGCAACAUAGGAGCAACCAUAAAGCGGCAUUUAUGUCCCUGGGUUUGAAUUCAGUCAAACCCACUGGCCGUGUUUUGGUGAUGGAUAGCUUUGUGAAAUAUGGGGGCCGGGGAGGGCUUGUGAGAUGUUAUUAGCUACUGCUAUUCUCAGGUUGCCUCUCUGAAACGUGAUCAUAUUCGCCUAAUAUAGGACUUUGUGAUUUCGUACAGCUAUAUCAAAUUGUUGAUCACAAUUUCAUCCUAAGUGUUACCUUGAAAUAACUUCAUUAUUCACAUUAGGAUUUGUAUUUCAGAUGAUUGAGAUCAUGAAAUCAUUGCUCCUUUUGAUCCAACAGUAAGUGUUGCAGAUCAUAGAGUUAGCAUGCUGCUCCCCAAGGGUCUGUGGGGAAUAUUGUACAGUACAGUGGAUCGAUGCCAGAGCCAGUAUUUUACUGUAUGUUCAUCCGUCCAGUCAGACCUACAGACAAUGGCAGGGCUAUAAAUAGCCUCCAGAGUACAGCCUUAGUGACUGCGUGGGGGACCAAGAUGCAUUGGAUCAAGUGAUAUACACCGAGAGGAAUCCCAGCCCAUUCAAACUGUUAGAGGCGCACAGAAAGAAAGGGGCAGAGGCGGUUUGCUGAAUGUCGGCUCAAUUUAUGCUUCAAACAAAGGAGGCCAGGAAGCUUUCAAGAGUAGCAGGCCUCUUCAGGACCUUCAGUAGGCUGACUGUCAGUAGAAGAGAGGCCUGUCAUGGUCUGCGGGCUCUGCAGCACGCCUGAAAAUGAUGGAGAGCCAGGCUGUGGAGGAGACUCUGAAAGGAGCACGCUAUAGCUGGGUCAAGUGGCGUGGUGAGUCCAGAGGGAGAGCUACUGGAGAGCUGCUGGAGAGGGGGAGGGAGAGAGGGUGGGGAAGGAGAGAGAAAAAGAGAAGAGAGAGGAGAAAGGAGAGGGGAAGAGAGAGAGGAAAGGAGAUGGAGAGAGAGAGGGGAGAGAAGAGAGAGAGAAAAGGAGAGAGAGAGAGAGAGAGAGAGAGAAGGGGAGAGAGGAGAGAGAGGGGAGGAGAGAGGAGAGAGAGAGAGAGAGAGAGAGAGGAAAUACGUAUGACGUCCAAAGCAGUGUCUCAGGAUAAACUUAAGAAUGAGAGGGUGGGGGGAAUAAAACAAAACCUGGGUCCAGAUUCACAAAACACUUCUUACGCAAAAACAUAAGAAGCUUCUUAAGAAAAAAAAGAAGUUCAUAAGAUAGUUUGGAAGUGCAAUUCCUCAACAAUAUCUUAAGAUUUAUAGAUUUUCUUACAAAGUUCUCAAAUAUCUUCUUACAAAUCUUUAGAGUUGUUGCUAGGCAACCAUUUUAGCUAGCUAUCUAGCUAGCAAUGGAAAUCAUUGAGUGAAUUAAACAUGUUCAAUUGCUUUCAUGAAAUUUUUCUCUCACUGCCCUGAGUUUAAGACAAGGGUUUAGCUAUCUUGGAAUUAAGAAAAUGUCCAAUAACUUUAUUUUCAAGAAUCUAAUUUCUUGUUAACUUUUUGCUUAAGGAGAAACAUAAGAAAUAGCGCAAGAGAAUUUCCAAUAACCUUUGUGAGGAAUAGCAACUUUGCUUAACUUUCUUCAUAAGUCUAUAGUUAAGGAAAAAAUUGCAGUUAAGAAUAAAUUUACUCUUAAGAAUGUUUUGUGAAUCUGGGCCCUGGUGACUUUUCCCAGCUGGGUUGGGAUUUGCUCAGCUAGCUAGACCUUGGGAGGGCUGUGGAGGAUAGCAGACCAAAUGUUUUUAGCAUUUCCUCUAGUCUGCCUGGAGUGCCAGAUUGGCAGAGUUUUCAUCAUUGUGACUACUCCAUUGGUUCCAUUGUACCAGGACAGCUCAUUCAAGCCCAGAUAAAGUAUUUCAAAUAGUGUUGGAACCCAGGUCUGUAGGGUAGUGAGGGUACAGUACACUGUGCUCCUCUACAUAUUUAAUCUCUCACUGUUUAUAAAGCACAUCCUCCGUUGAAUUAUUAAUCAAGCACUAUUCUUCUCUCUCUGCCCCUUCUGUUCGCUGUUCACACAAAUGGAUGUCACUAAACAAAAUGUGUUCUCUACCGACAUGCACUUUAUAUCAACCAAAGGCCAAAGUCCUAGCAUCCUCCUCCAUUUCAUCCAGAAUCCUCCCCUUCCAGGCUUAAUAAUGAUAUACAGAUUAGAGCAGUGGGUUGUGGGCUGUUCAAUGCCUGGUAGCGUUUCAGUACUGAAAAUACUGUGUGAACAGAGAGAGAGAAAAAUAGACAUACAGUACCAGUCAAAAGUUUGGACACACCUACUCAUUUAGGGUUUUUUCUUUAGAUGGGAUGGCGUAUCACUGCAGAAUGCUGUGGUAGCCAUGCUGGUUAAGUGUGCCUUGAAUUCUAAAUAAAUCACCAACAGUGUCACCAGUAAAGCACCCCCACAUCAUCACACCUCCUCCUCAAAAAAAAUCUCAAAUUUGGACUCAUCAGACCAAAGGACAGUUUUCCACCUGUCUAAUGUCAAUUGCUCGUGUUUCUUGACCCAAGCAAGUCUCUUCUUAUUAUUGGUGUCCUUUAGUAGUGGUUUCUUUGCAGCAGCGACCAUGAAGGCCUGAUUCACGCAGUCUCCUCUGAACAGUUGAUGUUGAGAUGUGUCUGUUACUUGAACUCUGUGAAGCAUUUAUUUGGGCUGCAAUUUCUGAGGCUGGUAACUGUAAUGAACUUAUCCUCUGCAGCAGAGGUAACUCUGGGUCUUCCUUUCCUGUGGCUGUCCUCAUGAGAGCCAAUUUCAUCAUAGUGCUUGAUGGUUUUUGCGACUGCACUUGAAGAAACUUACAAAGUUCUUGAAAUUCUCCAUAUUGACUGACCUUCAUGUCUUAAAGUAAUGAUGGACUGUCGUUUCUCUAUGCUUAUUUGAGCUGUACUUGCCAUAAAAUGGGCUUGGUCUUUUACCAAAUAGGGCUAUCUUCUGUAUACCAACCCUACCUUGUCACAACACAACUGAUUAGCUCAAACGCAUUAAGAAGGAAAGAAAUUCCACAAAUUUACUUUUAACAAGGCACAACUGUUAAUUGAAAUGCAUUCCAGGUGACUACCUCAUGAAACUGGUUGAGAGAAUGCCAAGAUUGUUUAAAGCUGUCAUCAAGGCAAAGGUUGGCUACUUUGAAGAAUCUCAAAUAUAAAAUAUAUUUUGAUUUGUUUAACACUUUUUUGGUUAUUACAUGAUUCCAUAUGUGUUAUUUCAUAGUUUUGAUGUCUUCACUAUUAUUCUACAAUGUAGAAAAUUGUAAAAAUAAAGAAAAACCCUUGAAUGAGUAGGUGUGCCAAAACUUUUGACUGGUACUGUAGAUUGAGAGAGAGAGAUACAGAGAGAGAAUACUAGGAUUAGCUACAGGGCGUUCACAUGGUCUUCACUCCAUGUUUUUCAAGAUCGAUUUAAUACAUGGGGAGAUAGUGAAAUCAUUUGCUCAUUCACUUGGGAAAUGUGUCUUAUGUUGUGUUGUUAUGAACUGAACAUAAGUAGAUCGCAAUGUAACAAAUAUUGCUAAACAUUCACCAUGUGGGAAUUCUCUCACUGUGGAGUUUUCAUCGUUUUCCUUUCCUCACCAACAUCUUCUCUUUUCUCCUGUACCCUCUUAUAUCUUAUGAGAGGGAAAAAACCCUCCCCUCUCAUCCUCUCUCUGCACCCAUGACUUCAGAGCAGGAUUCAUUGUAAAUUCAUUCAGAUGGGAACCUUUCUCUACCACAGAGUGACCUUUGAGGCAGUGGAGCUCAGUGGAGCUCAGUGUUGCUGAGUGGAGCUCAAUGACACACUGUUUCACACACACUCUUGCAGGCAGCACAAAAGCAGGCCCGCAUGCGCACACACAUGCAUACAGUACAAGUGCACACUUAUGCGCACACACACACACACACACACACACACACACACACACACACACACACACAGAGAGAAACACACAAACACACACACCAACUGACUCAUCAGACCUUGUAGCAUACUGCCCUCUCGUUAUAAAACAUGUCUGAAUCGCUCCCAAAGCGACACUUCACUUUAUGUUGAGCUGAGAAACAUCACAUUACACUGUCUUUUUCAUAAACUCUCAGGCUACAAUAAACCUUUUAGUGCAGCACAGAGAUGUGGCAUGCAUAACAAUGUUGUGUACUUUUUAAAAGGAGGUGUUGUAUUUGUACAAUCAGAUUUUAGAUCAGUGAUAAUUAUUUUGUCAGAUAAUGGUCAAUUCUACAUUCUUAGAAAUUGGAGCGAGUGUGGUGGUCAGGUACAGGUAACAAAAGACAUACCAACCACUGUGAGAAUGGUCUGAGGCUUUAUACGUGCACUACCUUUCACCAGGGCCCAUAGUGGUCCAAGGUAGUGCACUAUAUGUGAUAUGCCAGCCCAACGGGGGCGGAUGACGCUAGUUCCUACUUCACAUAAGGGCCGUAAAAAAAAGAAAUCAUGGAGGGGUUGACCAUGCUGACGGUUGGCCAUGCAGUUACAUGUGAAUUCCUAAAGAGGUGGGUGGAUCUAUGGCUUAAGCAACAAGCUUUUACAGUCUCACUGCAGAAUUAGAUGUUUAUCCAUGUUUCUUCAAACAUCACAUUUUCCGAAGUGUUUUUGACACUCUGGGUUGCUCCUGCUGCUCUGUAUCGUUCCAUUUCUCCAAAAGUCACAUUUCGAAGUUUAAAAGUGUAUCAACUUUUAAAGUAGCAUAACUUUCCCAAGCUUCCUACAAUCACAGUGUAUGUUAUACCAUUUUGGAGAUCAGAAUCAGAAUUUUUGUAAUCUGUAAAAAAAAAAAAAAAAAGUAUUUAGGGUUUUUCGACAUAAGCCCCCGUUGGGACAGGCUGUCACAUAUAGGGAAUAGGGUGCCAUUUGUGAUGCAAAUGAUUGGACUAAAUUAAUCCAACUUGAAUGACAGAUAAAAUGUUUAAUCGUUCUUCAGUCAUUAAGUUGCCCAGGGGAAGGGCACUGCAGGUGGGGGGAAUUAUGGGACGCAAAGAAAAACAGUUCAUCAUCCAGGAAGUGUCUUGUCUGUCACAUAGGACUUCACAGCUGCCAUAUUAGGUGUCCUAACAAUUAUUCUGUCUCUCACUCACCUGUCUGUGUGUGUGUGCGUGUGUUUGUGUGUGUGUGUGCGUCUUCAGUGAGUGUGUGCCUGCAGGGAUGAAGGCAGGGGGGGACAGAGAGGUCAGGUUAUACCACAGAGAUGAUUGGUUAGUCUUAUUAUCUCUAUGUGGGUUAGCAGGGCUAAUAGUAGGGCAUAUGCUACUCUGCUAUUUCAUAAUGUUUAUCAGCUUUACUGACAUCAAAUGACUUACCUCCAUGGCUGUGUCUGAAAUGGAACCCUAUUCCCUAUGAAGUGCACUACUUUUGACUAGGGCCCAUUCCUUAAUUGAGGCCAUUAUUUGUAUUUUAUAUUUAGAGACUAGAGUCCAGGUGUAUCAGGGUUAGGGCAGGGAUACUCAAAUAGAGAUACAUAUUAUCCUACUAUAAUAUAGUCUGUACUCUAGUGUUCUAUUUAAUUCUCUGGGUACUUAAUCCAAGUCAUACUGAAAUGUGAGGUCAUAUCAUACGGCUUGAUUUAUUUUCCUGGUUGAUUGGUUAAUUGAUUAAUGUCACUGCUUGAUUGGCCAGAUAGGGGGUCUCUUUCUCUCUCUCUGGUUCUCUCUCACAGAUUAGAGUUGUCCUUCUCAAAGCUUUUGCUGGUGAGAACUCAGUGAUUCACCAUGUCCAGCUGCUCCUCACUACUCUGUCCAUGCACUCUUCAAUAUGUCCCUCCAAUCUAUGUGUGUGUGUGUUCUCUGCUUGCUGGGCUGCAGGUGGGAGAUAUGUGACUCACAUGUCCAAUGACUAGCCCACACAACACACACACACACAGAGAGAGACACACGCAGAGAGACACAGACACACAUGCAUGUGAAUUGUGUCUAUGUAUGUAAUAAUUACCAUUAUGGAUGACUAAUCCAUCUCACUUGUUAGUGUGUGUGCGUGUGUGUGUACAUGCUAAUGACUGUGUUUGUGCGUGUGCAUGUGUGUGCGCUAAUAAGUGUGUGUUUAAUGUGUGUAAUCCUGCUCUCCGGCACGUGUGUGUGAUGAAAUCCCUGUCCUAUUUUAACGCCCUGUCACAGAGAGGCUGGAAAUAGACUAGCAGGAAGUGGUGAGCAGCUGUCACAGCCAUGGCUGGGCUUUCACAUGGAAAGAAGACUGACUGAGAGAGGCGCUUAAGUCCAGUGUGUGUGUGUGUUUGUGUGUGUGUGUGUGUGUGUGUGUGUGUGUGUGUGUGUGUGUCAUUGAACUACAGUAAGCAUUAGCUAAUUAUUAGGCCUAAUUCUCUCACUGUCCCAUCAAAGAGAGUGAAGAGAAGGAGACUUCUGCCUUUGCUUCAAAUGCCUUUUCAUUUCCUCUCUCUCUCUCUCUCUGUCUAUGUGCUCUCUAUCUCUACAUCCUAUCUCCUACGUCUAACCUUCCAUCCAUCCUCUGCUAACUCUGACUCUACCAUCGGACCUCUAAUUCUCUACCCUCUCUCUCUCUCUCUCUCUCCUCUCUUCCUCUCUCCUCUCUCUCUCUCCUCUCUCGCUCUCUCUUUCUCUCUCUCACACACACAAGACUGUGCAGAGUGAGAUAAUUGGGUGCCAUUUAUUCUGUGUUCCGUUUGCAGAAUGCAAAAAAGCUUAUCAGUGGUUUGAUAGGCAAGAAAAAGGUUUGGGAGAGUACGAGAAUAAAAAUAAAGUGGCAGCCUCAUGAAUAUUAAUGAGUUGCAUUGUAGAACGCCUGAAAUGGGUUGUGGAUUUUCUAACAGUAACUGCAGAAUUAUAAUGGAUUUGUGUUGAAUUACAAAGGCAUGUCUGUAUACCUAUCCUACAUCCUUAUAACCAUACUACAUCCUUAUAACCAUCCUAUAUCCGCAUACCAUCCUAUAUCCUUAUACCCAUCUUAUAUCCUUAUAACCAUCCUUAUACCCAUCCUACAGGGAAAAAAGUAUUUGAUCCCCUGCUGAUUUUGUACAUUUGCCCACUGACAUAGAAAUGAUCAGAUCUAUAAUUUUAAUGGUAUGUUUAUUUGAACAGUGAGAGACAGAAUAACAACAAAAAUGUUAUAAAUUGAUUUGCAUUUUAAUGAGGGAAAUAAGUAUUUGACCCCCUCUCAAUCAGAAAGAUUUCUGGCUCCCAGGUGUCUUUUAUACAGGUAACGAGUUGAGAUUAGGAGCACACUCUUAAAGGGAGUGCUCCUAAUCUCAGUUUGUUACCUGUAUAAAAGACACCUGUCCACAGAAGCAAUCAAUCAAUCAGAUUCCAAACUCUCCACCAUGGCCAAGACCAAAGAGCUCUCCAAGGAUGUCAGGGACAAGAUUGUAGACCUACACAAGGCUGGAAUGGGCUACAAGACCAUCGCCAAGCAGCUUGGUGAGAAGGUUACAACAGUUGGUGUGAUUAUUCGCAAAUGGAAGAAACACAAAAGAACUGUCAAUCUCCCUCGGCCUGGGGCUCCAUGCAAGAUCUCACCUCGUGGAGUUGCAAUGAUCAUGAGAAUGGUGAGGAAUCAGCCCAGAACCACACGGGAGGAUCUUGUCAAUGAUCUCAAGGCAGCUGGGACCAUAGUCACCAAGAAAACAAUUGGUAACACACUACGCCGUGAAGGACUGAAAUCCUGCAGUGCCCGCAAGGUCCCCCUGCUCAAGAAAGCACAUAUACAGGCCCGUCUGAAGUUUGCCAAUGAACAUCUGAAUGAUUCAGAGGAGAACUGGGUGAAAGUGUUGUGGUCAGAUGAGACCAAAAUGGAGCUCUUUGGCAUCAACUCAAUUCGCCGUGUUUGGAGGAGGAGGAAUGCUGCCUAUGACCCCAAGAACACCAUCCCCACCGUCAAACAUGGAGGUGGAAACAUUAUGCUUUGGGGGUGUUUUUCUGCUAAGGGGACAGGACAACUUCACCGCAUCAAAGGGAUGAUGGACGGGGCCAUGUACCGUCAAAUCUUGGGUGAGAACCUCCUUCCCUAAGCCAGGGCAUUGAAAAUGGGUCGUGAAUGGGUAUUCCAGCAUGACAAUGACCCAAAACACACGGCCAAGGCAACAAAGGAGUGGCUCAAGAAGAAGCACAUUAAGGUCCUGGAGUGGCCUAGCCAGUCUCCAGACAUUAAUCCCAUAGAAAAUCUGUGGAGGGAGCUGAAGGUUCGAGUUGCCAAACGUCAGCCUCAAAACCUUAAUGACUUGGAGAAGAUCUGCAAAGAGGAGUGGGACAAAAUCCCUCCUGAGAUGUGUGCAAACCUGGUGGCCAACUACAAGAAACAUCUGACCUCUGUGAUUGCCAACAAGGGUUUUGCCACCAAGUACUAAGUCAUGUUUUGCAGAGGGGUCAAAUACUUAUAAAUCAAUUUAUAACAUUUUUGACAUGCGUUUUUCUGGAUUUUUUUGUUGUUAUUCUGCCUCUCACUGUUCAAAUAAACCUACCAUUAAAAUUAUAGACUGAUCAUGUCUUUGUCAGUGGCCAAACAUACAAAAUCAGCAGGGGAUCAAAUACUUAAUUCCCUCACUGUAUAUCCUUAUACCCAUCUUAUAUCUUUAUAACCAUCCUUAUACCCAUCCUAUGUCCUUAUACCAUCCUUAUACCCAUCUUAUAUCUUUAUAACCAUCCUUAUACCCAUCCUAUGUCCUUUUACCCAACCUAUAUCCUUAUACCAUAUUAUAUCCUUAUACCCAACCUAUAUCCUUAUAACAUCCUAUAUCCUUACAUAUAUCCUAAUCAAUCUUAUAUCCUAUUUAUUACCCAUUCUAAACUCAUUCUAUGUCCUUAUACCCACCCUAAACUCAGGAUUCAGUGUCCAUUCAGAGUUCCAUAGGACUGAGGGGAGUGUGCCCUGCAUGGGUCAGGCAGGCUGCAAGUGGUAGAGGGAGGGCCUGCAAGCUGCCAUUCUCAGUGUGUGACUCAGAGGCCUACAGAAAUAGAGGCUGAUAGAGAGCAGCAGCAGCUCUCUUAAUGGAGGGCCAUCAUGCACUGGAGUACAUCUGAUCUCCAUCAAUAAUACAACAUGGUGCCCGCCUGCUCCUCUUUCUCCCCUUCCUCCCCCUCCUUCCCCUCCUUAUCCCCCCCCCCCCAUCCUCCUCCUCAUGCCCCUCCCUCUUCCUCCUCUCCCCUCAUACAGAACCAACUGCCCAUGCCCUCAAUGCCCAAAAGCCCGGCACAGCCCAGCUCCUGA